AUGAACAGCGACUUCAAAGCGGAUAGUCGAAUUCCGCAGAUUCACAUCAUCCAGUGUUCCGUCAUUGCGAUGAACAAGCCAGGUAGAACGGAGAGGAAGCUCUCUGUCUCGCAGAGGAAGUUGUCGAUCUCGCAGCAUUGCGAGUUCUCGGACGCGAUUGUGUACGAUGAGGAUAGCGAACUGGUCAAGGCGGGGACAGUUGCAGCUUUGGUGGAGCAUCUCACCCGUCACGAUAAGCUGGAUGCAGCAUUUAAUCGGACGUUUCUGACAACAUACAAAUACUUCUUGACGACAACUGAGUUGGUCAAUCUGCUCAUUGAUCGCUUCGAGUGUACGCCACCCGUCAUAUUCAACCCGGUCCAGAUUGCAGAAUGGUCAAGCCGAAUCAAGCCACUCGUACGAAUACGCGUGUUGAAUGUCUUCCGACAGUGGCUAGAGAGUUUCUGGAUUGAGCCCAUCGGCUCAGAUGCGACGACGACCCAAGAACUGCUCAAAAUUAAAUCAUUUGUCUACCGCAUAACCGAUGCGUCAGAGGCAGCCGCAGCCCGACAACUGCUCUCAAUCAUUCAGUGCCGACUCGAAGGCGUCGUCGACAUAAAGACGUUCCAAGCAUCUCUGUCGAAUGCGCCAAAACCGAUUCUCCCGCGAAAGUUGAACAAAAUCCAAUUCAUGAAAGUGGAUGCCAAGGAACUUGCACGUCAGUUGACGAUUCUGGAGGCAUCCAUGUUCCGCAAAAUCCAGCCAGCCGAACUUUUGAAUAAGGCGUGGCAAAAGAAGAAUGUUGUUUCCGUACCAGGGCCUGCGCCGAAUGUGAGGGCUUCCAUUCGGUUCUCCAAUCAGCUCUCGAAUUGGGUUGUUGCUCUUGUGCUUGCAGAGUCUGAUCUCAAGAAGCGCACGCAGGUGAUAGGACACCUCAUCAAUGUAGCGAGCGUAAGCCAGUCUCCAGUGUCAUGCUCGACUAUCGUUCAAAGCUAA